AUAACCAAAGAAACUAUGGCGACGCAAUGGAGCAGGAGAAGAAACGAUCCAGGCCGCCAUGGGAGGCAGCUUCCUGGAACUGUGAUCAAGGAAAAAUCAAGCACGCGGCAGGGUCAGGGAGCAGCCAGGCAGCCUUAUAAAUGGAGGCCAGCGCCGUUCCUCGUCACCAUCCCCAUCAAGAGCAGAUCGAUCGAUUUCAAUCCACAGCAAUGGCGAUUGUUGCAUUAGAGCUGCUCUACGUGCUGGGAGGCUUGGUGGCCCUGCGGUUGGCAUGGCAGGUGCUGGAGUGGGGCUGGCUGAGCCCCCGGAGGCUGGGCCGGGCGCUGCGGUCGGAGGGCCUCCAUGGCACCGCGUACCGCUUCCCGGCCGGCGACGCCAAGGAGGAGGAGCGUCUCCUGGCGGCGGCACGAACCAAGCCGAUGCCUUCGCUGUCGCACGCAAUCAGCGCUCGGGUAGAGCCACUCGUCCACAAUGCCAUCCAAGAACAUGGUAAAAUUUCGAUGGUCUGGUUCGGCCCUACACCGCGAGUGAUCCUCAGUGACCCCAAGCUAGUCCGUGAAGUGCUAUCUAACAAGUUCAGGCACUUGCAAAAACCCAAGCUGCCCUCGAAUUUCAUCAAGCUGAUCGCCCAGGGGCUGACGGUUCACGAGGGCGAGAAAUGGGCCCUCCAUCGGAAGAUCAUCAAGCCUGCUUUCCAUCUCGAGAAGUUGAAGAAAAUGCUGCCGGCUUUCACUGCCUGCACCAGCGAGCUGGUGAGUAGAUGGGAGGACUCGAUGGGGUGUGACAAGGAGCGCGAGAUAGAUGUCUGGCCGGAGCUGCAGGACCUCACCGGCGACACCAUCUCCCGCGCAGCAUUUGGUAGCAGCUUAACUGAAGGGAGAAGGAUCUUCCGGAUACAGUCCGAGCAAGUCCAAAUUGCCAAUGGCAUGACAAACCUAUACAUCCCGGGUUAUACCUACCUACCAACCAAACUGAACAGAAAGAUCAAAGCAAACGCACGAGAGGUCGAAGCGCUGCUGAAAGGCAUCAUCACCAAGCGGGAGAUGGCCAUGAAGAAUGGUGGCCAUGCUGAUGACAGCGACCUGCUAGGCAUGCUAAUGCAGUCCAACAUUGAAGAGAGCCAUGAUGGAAGCGGAAGCUCCAAACCAGUGAUGACCAUGGAAGACAUCAUCGGCGAGCUGAAGCUGUUCUACUUCGCCGGAAUGGAGACAACUUCCGUGCUGCUCACAUGGACACUGGUCGUGCUGAGCACGCACCCCGAGUGGCAAGACCGCGCCCGGGAGGAGGUUCUGCAGGUUUUCGGCAAGAAGAAUCAACCGGAUAUCAAUGGCACAAAUAAUUUGAAACUGAUGACCAUGGUUUUAUACGAGGUCCUUAGGUUGUACCCACCGAUCACAGCUUUUGACCGGCAAACGUACAAGGAGGUGGAGCUGGGAGGGGUCAAGUACCCACCCGGAGUGACACUCUCGCUACCAAUAGUGGCCAUUCAUCAUGACCCGGAUCUGUGGGGAGAAGACGUGGAGGAGUUCAGGCCAGAGAGGUUUGCUAACGGCAUCUCCAAGGCGUCCAAAGACGCGCCGGCGUUCUUCCCCUUUGGCUGGGGGCCGCGGAUCUGCGUCGGCCAGAACUUUGCGCUGCUGGAGGCCAAGGUAGCACUGGCCAUGAUGCUGCAACGCUUCUCGUUUGGGCUCUCACCGUCCUACACGCACGCACCAUUCGCCGUCUCCACACUGCAGCCGGACCACGGGGCACAGAUCGUGGUGAAGAAAAUUUAAUCACUUUAGUAU